UGCGCGGCUCAUAGUUAACAAGAUGGCGGAGUACAAGGGACGGGAAUGCGCAGGGGAAGAUUUCGAUGAAAGAAAUCAUGUUGAUGGCUUGAAGAGAGAGCAUUUUCUAAAACCGGACUCUGACCAAAUAGACUUGAAUUUACUCUUGAAAGCAGUUUUAGAUAUAAGCGAAAAGCUGGACCGCGACAAAGAGAAGGAAAAUUAUGGAGACCGAGAAAAACCGUCAACUUCGACACAACACGAAACGACAAGCUUUAAGGAAGGGACGGUUGAAUUUGACAGACACUCUUUGGCUUCAUCUUCGAGAUCAAGGCCUAGAAGUAACUAUCGAUAUAGUGGCCCACGGAGAGCAGCUCCCCCUGAACGCAAAAACCUGUCUUUCAGCAAUAACAAAGUGAUGGAUAUUGAUAGAGAAAACCAAAGACUUUUGCAAAAGAUAACGAGUUCAAGGGUACGACCCAAAUCGGCAGUUGCUUCAUCAAAGAAAACUUUUGUAGAACCAAUGCGAGUACAGACUGCUGCUGAAGUUAACAGAACGCGAUUUCAAAAGCGAGUUGAUGAAGAUAACCAAAAAUUCCUUCAAAGACUUCAGUCAGUAAAACCAACUAAAUCCUUAAGCAAAGAAUAUUUAUCCAAAGAAGCUGAUGCCCAAAAAAAUUACAUGACAUCAAGAGCUCGGCCAUCCAGUGCAGGAAGCACAAUAUCAAGAAGAUCACGAAUGACACAUGCAGGCAGUGCAUCAAGUCUUAUGAGCUCUGACUCUGCAAGUGUUGCUAGUUCUAGGGUCUCAAGAGCCUCAAGUGCAUCUUGGCGAUCAAGAAAGAGAAAAGAGUUUCCUAAACCUGUUUGGGAGCCUGGAUGGUAAUGGAAAACAAAAAAGUUAUUAAAAUUCAUUCUAAUAAUUUCAUUUCUUUCAUGCGAGAUAAAAUAAUAUGUUAAAGGUGAAAAACAAGGCUGGCUAUCAGAUAAUUGUAAAUGGGCUCUAGUUUGUAUGUAGACAUAGGAUGCAUACAGGAGUAUACACCUAAUUGAAAAGGAUUUUGGGUACUGCGAAAUGUGUAUUAUAUUUGCAUAUAGACAUGUAAAAAUGCACAGUAGAGCAAAGUCGGUCGACGUAGAUUAACAACAUGCCAAAGCCAUGAUGCAUAAAA